GGGGGCGGUGAAAUUGUGAAACAGCUUCCCUGGAUAGAGUUACACUGCUCAGCAGUUGGAAACAGACCUGUAAACCGACAUUAAUGACGCGGAAGAUGCCGAGCUGAAUUCCCUCAUUAUUGCUCUUAAACGGCCCUUUUAACAGCGCGAGACUUCCUCAAUAAAGUCUAGAAUGCCUCAUCUUGGAAGCCUGUUUACCCAUUUUAAUCUCACCUCCAAAUCUUCAGAAAGUGUCCAAGGCCAGAGCCCACAUCAGACACCAAAACUACCUGACUUUAUUCAACAUGCCAGGAAACUCACCGGGAUAAGAAAGGAAGAUGUUUACUGCAAUCUGCGUAUCCCCGACCAGUUUCAGAACGCCAAAGAUGACAUAAACAUUGUUAUCCUCACAGGUCAGGGGAUCUUCUGCAUCGAUGUAAAACCCUGCAGAGGCACGGUGUCCGCUCACAACCAGAACUGGCAUGUUCGAGUGAAAGAUGAGGACCAAAACUGUACCAAUAUCUGCAUUGAGCAGAUUGAAGAUCCCCUCAAAGCUAUCAUGACCAAGACGGCUAACUUUUGUGGCCAUUUAAAGAGGAGUGGAGUGUCGGUGCGCCAAAGCCUCUUCUUCCCCAGGGUUGUCUUCCUCUCUCCGGACUGCGAGCUGGAUGAGGAGCUGAGGAAGAGGAGGGAGCUGGUCUCCCACAGCCAGAUAGACGACUUCCUCAGAUCUUUCAGGGAGGGCUACAUGGCCUGGAUAUCAGAUGCACUGACUCCAUCCUGGCUCUCUGGUCAUCUGUCAUACAAGCAGAUGGAGUCAGUGCGGGAGGUCCUGAGGAGGGUGGGGACUUGGGAUCUGGUGCGGCUGCACUGUGGUGAGCAGCUGAAAGGAGACUUCCAGGCCUGCCAGUACAUCGCUCUCAACCGACAGGAGACAGACACGCUCGAGUUUUCCAGAGUCAAGACCCUGUCAGCUGAUUCGCUGUGGUCCCUGCUGGGACACGCUCCUCAGGUAACAGUUAAAAUGUACAAGCGUGGAUCUCAGGGCUGGCUGGGUAAAUCCCUCAACGCCACCACCACCAUCCCCUCCAACACCUAUGUGAUCUUCAGGAUCAGCGGGGAGGAAGCAGACGCCAAAAUCUCAGCAAACAGCAUUCACAGCAUCACUCUCAGCCACUGACCGUGUGUUUCAGUCUAUACAGAGGAUAGCCAUCACAUCAUGGCGCUGCGGCGAGAGGAAGCAUUCUUAAUGACAAGUAUGCAGAUGCAAGAAAACCAAACCACUUAAUUUAGCUCAAACUUAAUCACGUUUUUUCUGAGUGCCUUUUACUAUGCAGUGUUUGUAGUUUGUUAUACUGUCUUAAAAAUACCAUUUCUGACUGUCUUUGAGCAUUUAUUGUAGGCCAAUUUCCCCCUGAUUCUGCAACCCUUAGUGGCAAUAUUAUGUUAAUGAAGAUGGUUUCAGACAAUUAGCCCGAUUAACUUUCUCUUGUUUUGAAUUUCUAGGGCUGGCCCACACUUUACACCGGCCAUUAAUGAAUCAUUACGCUAGCUGAUUGUGUCACAUCAGUUCAGGAUUGAAGUGUUUAAUGUGUUAAUUGUGGCGGUUACGAUGAGGGCCGAGCGUGUUACUGCCUCUGUGGGCACUGAUUUACGGUCUGUUUAGAUGGUGUAACUGUAAGGUGCUUUAUUAAUAUGCUCCAGCACACAGAGAAGAUGAUAACAUAUUCAAGAGCACCACCAGCACCAUUCAUAACUGAGUCACUUUCCAUCAGUUACCAGGCUUACACAGCUGCGCUAACAGCUAGCAAUUGUAUUUACUGUGCCUGGUAGUGGGCAAAAUGAAGUUAUUUCCAUUAAGAUAUCAGUGCCUUUAGCUAAUGCAAUAGAGGCAGCUCUCUGUGUUGAUGGUAUCUCCUUGCAUGGCAUCUCUCUACCUGAAACAUCAUUACACUGUACUCAAGCUCCUCACUUGUUCAAAUGUCUGUUUUACCUGAGGAACAGAUUGUACAAACAGCAUUGUGUUGUUUGCAUUUGUACGUGCACAUUUUUUAGACUGUGGUUCUCUUUGUCAACAUUGCUCGAAUUUCUAAGGUUUCUGACGCGUUUAUUGUCUUUGCAUAUUUAAACUUAAGUACUAAGAAGUGUCCUCAGGAACUGUUUUCUCCACAGCACUUGACAAGCAAUAUUGAUAAUAUCAGUUGAUAUGGAAUGAGAAGGAUUUAGAGAAAUAUGUCAUUCUGAGUGGUGGGUGCAUGCAGGGUAAUAUGAAUGUUUUGCUUUUCUUAAACAAAAAAACUGCAAGCACUUUCAGUAUCAAGCCAAAUUGAUUGUCAACUAUACUCUUCAGUUGAUUGAUUUAAGCAUUAUUGUUGUAUUGUUUUAUAUUAUUCAUUAGUGUGUGUGUGUGUUUUUUUCUUUUUAGUCAUGGUAUCCUCAAUUGUUUUUUAUGUUUAAUUGUAUUUGUACUAUUUGGUGUCAUAAUAAAAAGAUUUGAUGAUGUAAUGCUU